ACCACCUAUUAUUUAGAAGCCCUUGCUUGCGUCUCAAGAACAGCUGUUGUCUUAAUCUUCUUCAUCAUCAUCAACUCCUGAGGAAUCAUAAUGAAGACCACUCACAUCCUUUUGCUGUGCAUCCUUGGAGCUGCUUUGUUGUCUGCAGUUAACUGCACUACUGGAAAUGGCCCCGACAACUGCUGCUUCAAGUUUUACCCAAGAAGAAUUAGAGCAAACCUCGUGGAGUCGUAUUACAUGACUGAUCACCGAUGCCCAAAGCCUGCCGCCAUCUUCAUUACCAAAAAGGCUCGUUCAGUCUGUAUGGAUCCGUCUCUCUCCUGGGUCGAUAGCAUCAUGAAAACGCUGGACGAGAGCACUUUUUAAACCAGCUGCCUGCUCAUCAUUUCAUUUUGUUCUGCUUUAUCUGCAAAUAUCAUAUCCAAUGUGGCUUUAUGAUUUUUGUAAUUAGUGCAACUUUGUCUCAACUGAUCCAAAGCUAGUUAUUAGCCUGAAGCAAUCCACUGAAAAGUCCUUUGAUUGUGUAAUGUCUCUUUGCUUUGUGUUAUGUGUUAUCCUCCAAAAUAAACACCACAAAAAUACAA